ACUCACACAGGAGAGAGACCCUUUGAAUGCAAUGAAUGUCAAAAAUCCUUCUCUGUGAAGUCAAAACUUGGAGAACAUCAGAGAAUUCACACAGGGGAGAAACUCUAUGAAUGUAAUGAAUGUGAGAAAAUGUUCUACCACAAGUCAUCUCUCACAGUACAUCAGAGAACCCACACAGGAGAGAAACCCUAUGCAUGUAGUGAAUGUGGGAAAACCUUCUACCAGAAGUCAUCCCUCACAACACAUCAGAGAACACACACAGGGGAGCAACCCUAUGAAUAUAGUGAAACCUUUUACCAGAAUCCCGACUUCACUAAACAUCAGAGAGACAACAUAGAGGAAACCCUUGUCAACAUCCUGAAGGCUCAGAAACCUUCACCUUCUUGGACUCAUUCCAUAGCAGAAACAACCCAGGUUGGGGUGAGAACACCCAAUAAAGAUGAGAAAUCUUUUGCCUAGAAGUAUAUUCCAUUGAACAGCAAAUAAUUGGUAUUUUGUCUUCUUUUCUUUUCUUUUGUUGUUGUUACUUUUUUGAGACAGAGUUUCACUCUUAUU